AGGCAUAGACAAAGACCCAAGCUGAGCCUGGUCACCAUGGCUCCAGGGACCACAGCCCUGUUCAUCCUAUCCCUGUGCAUCAAAGACCUGACUGUCCAGGCUACCGAUACCUGUCCAGAAGUGAAGGUGGUGGGCCUGGAGGGCUCCGACAAGCUCACCAUCCUCCGAGGCUGCCCUGGGCUUCCAGGAGCUCCAGGGCCCAAGGGAGAAGCAGGAGCCAAAGGACAAAAAGGUGAACAUGGCCUCCCCGGACCACCUGGGAAGGCAGGACCACCUGGGCCCAAAGGAGACCGAGGGGAGAAGGGAACACAGGGAGAGAGAGGAGCACGUGGAGAGAAAGGAGACUCCGGACUACCUCAGCCAUGCGCUACAGGACCUCGGGCUUGCAAGGAGCUGCUCACCCGGGGCGAGUUUUUGACCGGCUGGUACACCAUCUACCUGCCGGACUGCAGGCCCCUGACGGUGCUGUGUGAUAUGGAUACCGAUGCGGGGGGCUGGACUGUCUUCCAGCGGAGGGUGGACGGUUCUGUGGACUUCUUUCGGGACUGGGUGGCGUACAAGCAAGGCUUCGGCAGUCAGUUGGGAGAAUUCUGGCUGGGGAAUGACAACAUACACGCCCUGACCUCCCAGGGAACCUGGGAGCUCCGGGUGGACCUCGAGGACUUUGAGGGCAAUCGCAACUUUGCCAAGUACAGUUCAUUCAGCGUGAAAGGAGAGACGGAGAAGUACAAGCUUGUGCUGGGAAGCUUUGUCGGGGGUGACGCUGGUGACUCCCUGAGGGCCCAGAACAACAAGUUCUUCUCCACUAAGGACCAGGACAAUGACCUGAGUUCUUCCAACUGUGCCGUGCUGUACCACGGAGCCUGGUGGUACUCCGAAUGUCACCUGUCCAACCUGAAUGGCCUCUAUCUCAGGGGUGCCCACGAGAGCUAUGCCAAUGGCAUCAACUGGAUGACCUGGAAAGGGUACAACUACAGUUACAAGGUGUCAGAGAUGAAAGUACGCCCCACCUAGCUGAGCUAGGGAGACCUCACUCCAGGAUGCCUGGCCCACAGUAGUAUCCUUCCACCAGGGUCCCCAGCUCAGAAAGGCCCCUGGCCUUCCUCAUCCUGCUGUGACCCUGCUGCCACAUCGCAGAGCCUGCGACCUCCAGGACCCACUCCGUCCAUGCUCUC